GCCGCGAGAGGGCGCUAUCACGACCAACCGAUACGGACUUUAAUGGCGCCACAAAACGAUUUUGUUCUGGACAUUUUCUACAGUGUCACAGACACAAUCACCAGGUCUACAUUCAGUUGUUGAAAGAUUUUCUCUGCAGCGUUAACUACCACAAGAGCAACCAUGCCUCGUGAAAUAAUUACUCUUCAACUUGGGCAGUGUGGUAACCAAAUUGGCUUUGAGUUUUGGAAGCAGCUGUGCUCAGAGCAUGGCAUCAGCCCAGAAGGAAUACUGGAGGACUUCGCUACCAAUGACACUGAUCGCAAAGAUGUCUUCUUUUACCAGGCAGAUGAUGAGCAUUACAUUCCCCGCGCUGUGCUGCUAGACUUGGAGCCCCGUGUCAUCCACAGCAUUCUGAAUUCUUCCUAUGCCAAUCUGUUCAACCCAGAGAACAUCUACCUGUCCAAACACGGUGGGGGAGCCGGUAAUAACUGGGCAUCAGGAUAUGAACAGGGAGAUCGUUUGUAUGAGGAAGUAUUUGACAUCAUUGACAGGGAGGCUGAUGGUAGUGACAGUCUAGAGGGUUUUGUACUGUGUCAUUCUAUCGCCGGGGGUACAGGGUCGGGCAUGGGAUCGUACCUGCUGGAAAGACUCAACGACAGAUUUCCCAAGAAGUUAAUCCAGACCUACUCAGUCUUUCCCAACCAGCAGGAGAUCAGUGACGUAGUGGUGCAGCCAUAUAACUCCAUGCUAACACUCAAGAGACUGACACAGAAUGCAGACUGUGUGGUUGUGCUGGAUAACACAGCUAUGAAUCGUAUAGCCAGCGAGCGUUUGCAUCUAUCUAACCCAGACUUCACACAGAUCAACCAAAUGGUAUCAACAAUCAUGUCUACAAGUACCACCACACUUCGUUAUCCUGGCUACAUGAAUAAUGACCUGAUAGGACUGAUAGCAUCUCUAAUCCCUACCCCUAGACUACACUUCCUAAUGACUGGAUACACGCCACUCACAGUCAGCUCAGAUCUCAAGUCCAAGAGUGUCCGCAAGACCACAGUAUUAGACGUGAUGCGACGUCUGCUACAACCCAAGAACAUCAUGGUGUCUACCACACUGCGUGACAGACAGAGCAACCAUUGCUACAUCUCCAUCUUGAACAUCAUCCAAGGAGAAGUGGACCCAACGCAGGUGCACAAGAGUCUUCAGCGAAUCCGUGAGCGUAAGCUAGCUCAGUUCAUCCCCUGGGGGCCAGCAAGUAUCCAGGUUGCCUUGUCACGCAAGUCACCAUACGUCCAGACAGCUAAUAGAGUCAGUGGCUUAAUGCUGGCCAAUCAUACCAGCAUUACUACGCUGUUUGAGAGGACGUGCCAGCAGUAUGACAAGCUACGCAAGCGAGAGGCUUUCCUGGAACAGUUCCGUAAGCAAGCCAUCUUCAAAGACAAUUUGGAUGAGUUGGAUAACUCCAGAGAGGUCGUCCAACAACUGAUAGAUGAAUAUCAUGCUGCUACCAAGCCAGACUACAUCUCCUGGGGUACACAACAGGCUGCAGAGGGAGGCAAGUCAUAAAGUGGAAUGGCUGCGCCAAGCUCAAUAAAGAUCUGUACAUACUACGCUGUGGAAACAGAAUUUGCAUCAGAGGUUACUGGGACAGGUUCAAACCUAAACAUGUUUUAACCCGGUCCCUUCAAUGAGGAGAGACCUGCUUUUUGUAUUUUUGUGGCUUGAAAAAAAUUACAUGAACAAAAUGUAUAAUAAUCCUGGUGGAAGGAUAAUCUGAGGAUCAGUGAUUCACGUGGGCAGAGCCACGGCUGAGCGUCUGAUAUAAGCAGGGGUAGGAAAUCUCAGCUUUAAAGCUGAUUUCAGCUUUUAAGUGUGUUGGAUUUCACCCUUUUUUUCAGCUUUUUCCCUCACUUGCUGGGUACAAAAGUAUAAGAGAUCUCCAACAUUCAGCUUUUUUACACUUUUUUCAGCUGUUUUCAGCUAUUUUUAUCAGUGGUCACUCACACCCCUGGCUAGCAUGCAAAUUUGAUAUGACCUCGCUUGCCAGCCAAUCAGAGUGAUCUUUAGAAACUCUGAUGUCAUUUCCAUCAGAAAUAUGGACUAAGCUGUGGGUUGGUCGAUUUGGAUGCCAUGUUUUAGUUUGAAAUACAUCGACCGGUAACGGAAGACCUGACAGAAGGCGCCUGCUGAAUGGUCAGAAUCUCGAGGUCAAGACACAGUCUUGUUUUGCAUAAUUUAUUGCCGAAUCUACGCACAUAUCAUAGACCCUUGCUGUGCAAUGGGAUAUUCCAUAGACUAGUGGAAGGAAAGCUUCGUAUUAGAAAAAAUAACGAGGUCCAAAUUGCUGAUGUGCAUGCAUAAGUCAUCUGUAAAACUGUAGACAAUUUUUUUUCACUUUGUCCCAUAGUUUUGCUUUAUAGUUCCGUUCAAUUUCAUAAAAAGUGUUCCACGUUUUAAAGGCCUGUACUACCUUCUUCGAAUUUAUGUGCUAUGCAGCAUAUGUAAUUUGAUGAGGUUGGGAAAAUUAUGUUGAUUUUUUUGGAAAAUUUCAAAAGAUGGUUUGGUUUGAUGGCUUAUUGGGAAAAAAAUCCGAAAAAAAAUGGAAUAAUGUGAAUUCCUUAGAAGGCAAACCAUGUCACACUUUAAAGAUGAUUUGCAAGAGCCAUGUACAAAAUGUAGAAACAAAUUGUAAAUUAUGUACGCUUUGCAGAGACUGAACUUGUAAAUAUGUUUCGUCACCAUUGCAUUUUUUUCAAAUAAAUGGUGUUGGAUGUGUUGAAAUAAAAUGUAGUUUUUGAUACCUACA